UCCAAGAUGGCGGCCGGUAGGCCUCCUUCAGCUCACUCUCACUCACAAACCACCCAUAGAAGAAAGGUUUCUGUGUCGUUUGUGAUCCGAGAUGAAGAGGAAAAACGCCAUAGAUCUGGUGUUAACGCCUUGCAGUACGACUGCAACACGACAAGGCUUUAUUCAGCCGGUAGAGACUCCAUCAUUAGAUGUUGGAAUGUCAAACAUGAGCGAAUCAAGGACCCCUAUAUUGCCUCACUGGAGCACCAUACAGACUGGGUGAAUGACAUUGUAUUGUGCCGYAAUGGAAAAACAAUUUUGUCAGCAUCAUCGGAUACAACAGUAAAAGUAUGGGAUGCMAGCAGAGGAUUCUGUAUGUCGACACUGAGGACUCAUAAGGAUUAUGUCAAAGCCCUUGCAUAUGCUAGUGAUAAGGAACAAGUGGCAUCUGGUGGGCUUGAUAAACAAAUAUUCUUAUGGGAUGUUAAUACUUUAACAGCAUUAACGGCUACAAAUAAUACUGUUACAACAUCAUCUCUGAGUGGACAAAAGGAUUCCAUAUAUAGUUUAGCCAUGAAUCGUUCAGGAACUGUGCUCAUAUCUGGCUCUACAGAAAAGGUAUUAAGAGUAUGGGAUCCUCGUACCUGUGGUAAAGUAAUGAAACUAAAAGGCCAUAUGGAUAAUGUUAAGGCUAUUACUAUUGACGCAGAUGGCACGCAUUGUUUAUCUGGGAGUUCAGAUGGUUCAAUACGCUUGUGGUCUCUUGGCCAGCARCGUUGCAUAGCAACCUAUCAUAUACACGAAGAAGGUGUGUGGGCAUUGUAUGCCAAUCAUAGUUUUACAGAAUUCUUCUCUUCUGGUCGAGACAAACAUGUUUUCUGGACAGACAUGACCAAGGAUGAUAGCUCUGUUCUGCUGUUUGUAGAAGAGGCACCUGUCUUAAAGCUUGAGUAUUGUCCUGAUCCAAUGUGCCUGUGGACAGCAACAACAAAUUCAAAUAUUAACUGUUGGCCUAUCACUCUAUCAAGUUUACAAAAUGAUACGUCAAUGAAUAUGGAAACSAAUGAGACUGAACCAACCCCAGUAUGUACUGUAAAAAGAAUGGUUAUCAAAGGUGCAUCAAGCAUCAAGAAAUUCAAUAUACUGAAAGACCGUCGGCAUGUACUCACUAAGGAUACUGAUGACCAUGUUGCAUUGUGGGAUGUAUUGAAGGCACGAAAGGUAGAAGAUCUUGGUUGCAUAGAUUUUGAUGAAGAACUCAAGAGACGAGAGCAAAGGAUUUAUGUACCAAACUGGUUUAGUCUUGAUAUUAAAACAGGAUCAAUUAUGGGGUGUUAUUGCUUCAAGCCCUGCUAGAACACUGGCCAGAGACACAUUCUGUCACUACUGAAGAUACGGAACAGGGUCGUGCUAAUACCCCAGAGGAUGGUAGAGAUGCUAGUGCCAGUGACAUUAAUAUUAAUGUGGAGCCUAAAGUAAUAGUUGGCAAUGGUUUUUAUAGUAUACCUGAUCAUACACCACUCAUAUUCAGUGAAAGUAGUGGAACAGGAAGGACUUUAUUUAGACUGCUUGCUAUUGAUGCYUCUGGUGAAAAUGAAGGCUAUCUUCUGUCAGAAACUGUUCCUUCGUGGGUCGUGGAUGUAACCAUAAAGAGACAGACACCUAAAUUCCCAAAAAUAGCAUUCUUUUUACAGCCACACACAACAAGUUCAUCUAAAUCACUGAAAAGAGAUCGUCUGUCAGCCAGUGAUAUGUUACAUGUCCGUAAAGUCGUAGAACAUGUGUACGAGAAGGUUAUAGGGUGGGAUAAUACCUCACAUACCAGCAGUACACCCAGUACCCCAACAGGUGGACAGAUCCCACCCACUUACGACAAUGAAGAGGACCGUUCAUCUAUAGCUGAGUCAAGAGUAGAACUUCUCUGUCAAGAUCAGGUCUUGGAUCCUGGUAUGGAUCUACGAACAGUCAAACACUUUAUAUGGAAAGGAGGAGGAGAUCUUGUUCUACAGUACCGCCUUCUAAAACAAUAAACCAUUAGUGUGUAUAUAUUAAGUAUUCUGUUGAGUUAGAAUAACUUACUGAUGAACUCCUGAGAGGAGGUAGUAAUUCUAUGUAAAGGGGUAAGGGUGCUUGUCCUAAUUUUUAGGGCACAAAACCCAUUAAUAUGUACCUUUUGGGGUACUGACACCCAAAAAUUAAUUAUGGUAUUGCAAUAUUGCUACUGUUGAGUACUAUGCAGAAUUAUUUCCUGCAAUAACAAGAGGUCAUGUCCAAACAUGUCCAAACAUUUCAAUAAGCACCUUUGCUUUCAUAGGAUGUCCCUUCCCAGAGAAGAUCUGCUAAUUAUUUUGGUACAAACAUAAAUGAGUUGAACAUAUUCAUAAUACUGGAAAAUAACAAGGGAAUGGUAACGAUGAACACAGAAAUGAGGCUGGUUGUCCAUGUAAGAUUAAGAAGACCCUUUGUGCUCACUUCCCAUCUGGAGGUCACUUGGUAAUUCCCAAGUGAUGGCUAUGAAUUGGUUCAUAUUUUAAAAAGACCAACCAGUCUCUUUCUAAUGUUUACGUUGACCAAUUAUUGUCCUGCUUGUCUUYCAAAUGUGAAUAUGGAGUAUACAGUAAUUAAGACAUUUUGAUGUCAUCAAAUAUAAUAAUUUUUUCUAGAAGGUAUUUAUUUAAAUACACUUGAACAUUAUACAUUCUUUUAAAUUUUUUGUAACCAACCCUUCAUGCUACUACUAUGAAGAUAAUAUCAUGGCCACCAUGUUGGUUGAAUUACCGCCAUUUGCAUUGCUACRUGGCCACCCCAGACAAAAAUCGCAACGUGCACUUUGCAAUAGACUGCCGUCAAUCAAACACRUUGAUSUCAUUUACACGCGUGUGUGAUUCAAAAGGCACCWAAACUUGUCGAUUGCUUACAAGUAUUAUGAGCCACACUCACCGGGCCUAUCCRGGCCGAUCCGAAUGCGUGUAAAUGAYGUCAACGUGUUUGAUUGACGGCAGUCUAUUGCAAAGUGCACGUUGCGAUUUUUGUCUGGGGGGGCCGCGUAGCAAUGCAAAUGGCGGUAACCUAUAAUUUCUCCUUUUUAUGCCAACCAACAUGGCAGUCAAUUCUAUAGUAAUUUACAUUUGCAAUAAUUUAAUUAAUUUACAUAAGCAACUUACCUUUAUUCAAAUGUGGAAUAUAUUCCUUUUAACAGAGACCACUUUAGAAUGGGUGCAAUUUUUCCCUAUUUCAGACCAUGUGUCAUUCCCUAGAGUAUUAUUUCUKCGUUUAACAGUUGCACUUGAGUUUACACAUGAAUACAACUCAUGGGAAAAAAGAUUUUUUAAGAGAAUGACACAUGAAAGGGAAAAACAUUCUGCCCAAGUCAAAAAGGUCCAAUGAGUUUAUUUCCUGUAAGUUCUCUUCCGAAAUUAACUUCCAGUACAAUUCAAAAAAAGUUUAUUCAUUCAUUUUGUGGUUCAAAAACUACUGUUUACUAAUAGUUUUCAACUACUGGCCUAUUUCACAAAUGUAUAAACAUAAUAUCUCCACACUAGACCUCUGACGUUCUUACUGCACAUGCUUACUGCAAAUGCUCAAUGACAUACYUGAGAGCAUGCACAGUAAUAAGUGUCCAUAUUGCAAGAUAACCAUUGGCUGUGCACGCGCUUCAUUAUAUCAAGCAAGGUUAACACUAUUAGAUCUAAUGUUAAUCUCCCUGAAACACAUCCAAAGUGUUUAAACAAAGGAGCAAACAGUCUGGUAACUCAAAGCAAUGGCUUAAUAUCAUAUUAUAGAUAAUAUUAGCAAAAACUUUAAACCCACACAAAACACCUUUCUGCAAUUUUUUUUUUUUUUUCAUUACAUUUCACUCAACACCAAAACACUCAUGACAAAUACCUAUAUGACAUCUUAGACUCAAAAACAAUCACAUUCAAAACCAAAUAAAAAUUAAAAUAACACCUUAAACCAU